AUGGACACUGUGACAGCUUGGAAGUUUGCCAUUGAAGCUCUCAAGAAUGGAAAACAUGAUACUUAUGUAACAGCUGCUUUAGAAGUGCUCGAAUCCUCUCAUUUGGAGUCUCAUUUGCUCGACGCGUUUUUGGAGGAUGUCCAGAAUACGUGUCGCAGUAAGAUUGCUGCAUUCCAACUCGGACCAGAUUCAUUGGAUGCAUUUCAGAAACUACUUCUGGACUUACACGAUUUACUGGAUCAUUACUUGCACUGUUUGAACGCCUGGCCAAACCCUACGGCAUCGCAACGGCUAUUACGAGCAUUUCGUGCCCAAGUCUGUGUAUCAAUGCCAUUAAGCUUCCACGAACUAGCUCGGAUUUACCUGAAAAGGUCAAUCUCGAUGGCUGGAAGAUUAGUAUGGGCUCAAUCAACACCAGGACUCGAAACCCUCCUAAAACGCGACGAAACAGUAACCACCAACGCACCACGAUCCUCACCAAUACAACCGCAAUCUGCCAUGUCGGAUACAUUCGCACCAUCAAAGAAUCGACACCCUCUAAUAUCCCUCGCCGACGUAGAAUUCGAGGACUGGAGUGUCUUUAUCAAUACCGAUAACGAAGAGGAAGACGUAGAUCCUCAGUCAGCAUACGCAUUCAUGGAGGGAUUUGUCAAAGUGUGCCAGCACGUAUCCAUGCUUGGGUUAUCGGACAUUGUGUUUGGGCAAGCAGAGACAUUGUUGUAUUCGUAUGUUGAAGAUCAGGCCGUUAAUGUCUGUGGAGAUGAUUUCGAGCGGGCAUUCUUGAAGCCAUGCUUAUGCUGGUUGGCAAAAGCUAUAUUGCCAUGGUUGGAGUUGCUUGUUGGUGGAAGGAAAGGGAUGAUGACAUUAAAUCAAUGGCAGACACGUUUGGAAGACCACGUUUAUCGUGUAUUCUGUGAUACAUUAACACGAAAGCUAUUCGAUAUAAUAGUUGCGUAUCCAGAUUCCCUUCCAGCCUUAGAAGAUCUCAAGGCAUGCCUCGCCAAGACAGAUCAAAAAUGGGCUGUCGGAGAAGCCUUUCGGACUGCGACUAGAGGUCGUUUACUUCAUCAUGGCGCUUUGACUGUCGACAUUCUCAUGCUAUAUGUCUCAAGUAUCAAGUGUCUGGACUUGCUGGAUCCUUCUGGUCAGCUCGUCAAAGUCACUGAUCCUAUACAGCAAUACCUAAGAGGUCGUGAUGAUGCAGUGAGAUCCAUCAUCAAGAUUCUGUUGGGAGAUGCAGACAAGAGAAUGGAUUUGGACGAACCACCAGAGUCAGAUAACAGCGAAGAGCUGACCAAGUUGGUCGAAAUAUACGAAAACAAGGAAGUCUUUGCCAGAGAAUUCCAAUCCAUGUUGAUGGAAAAGCUAUUGGCAAAGACGGAUUAUAACUUUACUGAUGAGGCUCAACAACUCGAGUAUCUCAAAGUCAAGUUUGGAGAAUCUGCCCUGUCAAUGUGCGAUGUGAUGAUGAAGGAUGCCAUGGAAUCCAAACGCGUGGAUGCGUUGAUUCAUAGUGAACAUGAAACUCUUCCAAAUUUGCACGCGAUGGUUUUAUCUCGUCUAUUCUGGCCAAAGUUGCCGUCAGAGACUAUGGUUUAUCCACCUGAGAUUCAAAGACAUCUCACCGACUACAGUAACGCUUUCGCAAUAACUCGAACUCCGAAAGAGUUUCAUGUUGUGCCUGCUCUUGGUACAGCAACACUAGAAUUGGAAGUUUCAGGCGUAACACGAGAAUUCGUAGUCCCUGUUCCUGUUGCUGCUGUGAUUAUAAUGUUUGAGGAACGAGAUCAGUGGUAUGUCGAUACACUGGCAGCACAAAUGGAUGUCGCCCCAGGCUUUCUACGAAGCAAGCUACAAGCUUGGGUUAGUUAUGGCGUGUUGGAGGAAUCAGAACACGAUUUGUAUCGGCUUGUUAAAGCUAAUGAAGGAGAUCCUGAUGGUCGAACAUCACCAGAGCAAAACAUCACAUACACCGAAGAUGAUAUGGAUGUGGAAGCUGAAGAAGAAGGUGAUGAUUUGCCACCUGCUAUUGCUGGAAUGGUUGCUCCCAUGGUGAAAGCAAUCCUGACAAACCAUGGAAAUUGUGAUGUCCACAAGAUUCAAUUCCAUAUCAACAAUGUGCUUCCCGUCAAGCUCACUGUUGAGAUGCUUAAGAAGCAAUUGGACAAGAUGGUGGAAGACCAGUUGGUUGAUGUUAGUGGGAUCUCAUAUAGUGUCCGAAGGUAG